CCUCCGCAGACCGCAGUAACUUUGUUUCCAACAACCCUAACUUUGUUUCUUCUUUCCCUUCUCUCUGGUUUAGCUUCCAUGGCUAAGAAUCCUUGCCUGCUUUCACUCUUUUCACUCGUUUUCUUGGCUACUGUUUCUCUUGCUCAGAGACCCUUUUUCCCACGGGCGAUUGUUAUUCCUGUUUCCAAAGAUUUCCCCACUUCACAAUAUGUUGCUCAGCUUCAGAUGGGGUAUAAUCUUGCUCCUUUGAAACUGGUUGUCGAUGUCGGUGGUCCGUUUCUCUGGGCUGAUUGGGCUUCUUCGUCUCAGGGCUCCACCAUACCCUGUGGCUCUCUCAAGUGCUCCAUGGCUAACCCUAAAGGAUGCAGCAGUGGGGUUAGUAACGAGAUCUGUGACCUUCAAUUCGAAAAUCCCGUCUCGAAAUUGGCCGGAUCUGGGGUUUUGAAAGAAGACACCUUAGCUGUGGAGCUCAUAGAUGAGCCCAACGCAGGUUCUUUUCUCUCUCAUGUUCCUAAUUUCUUGUUUUCGUUUGUGCCGAGUUUCCUGUUCCAAGGCCUGGGUAAUGGCGUCAACGGGGUGUUGGGCCUUGGGAAUUCUAGGAUUUCGUUGCCCUCUCAGCUUGCAAACACUUUUGGUAUUCCUAGAAAAUUUGCUGUCUGUUUGUCCUCUUCUAAUGGUGCUAUAAUCUCUGGUGACACUACCUAUGAUGUUUCGAGAUCUAUGAUGUACACCCCUUUGAUCUCCCCCCAAAAUGGCACCACACAGGAGUAUUACAUCAACGUGAAAUCAAUCAAAAUUAAUGACAGGAAAAUCCCUCUCAACACAUCCUUGUUGUUCUUGGAUCAAGAAGUUGAGGGAGGGACAAGAAUCAGCACAGUGGUUCCUUACACAACCAUGAAGACCACAAUCUACCAGCCAUUUGUGGACUCCUAUUUGGAAAUUGCUGCUUCCAUGGGGCUCAGCAGGGUGGACCCUGUGGCACCAUUUGAGGCUUGCUUUAAGGUUGUUGGGUCAGAUGUUGUUCCAAGGGUGGAGUUUGUGUUGCAGAGUGAGAUGGUGAAAUGGAGGAUGAAUGCAAUGGUGAAGGUGGGUGAUGGGGUGAUGUGUUUGGGGUUCUUGGAUGGUGGGUUGGGGCAAGGGGCCUCAGUUGUGAUUGGAGGGUACCAAUUGGAGGAUAAUCUUUUGGAGUUCAAUUUGGGCACUUCUAUGCUUGGUUUCACUUCUUUAAUGGGAGGCACAGGUUGUUCUUCCUUCACAAGAUCCUCAAGGGACAGAGAUUCAGCUUGAUUGCUGGCCAAUUUUGGAAGAGGUUUAGUAAAAUUUCUAUGGAGAGAUAUCCCUUGUACAGGUGGAUGGAUGUGAAAUUCCUGGCCAGUGAGUAGGUUUGAUGAAUCAGAGAACACUACUGUUUAACUGUUGACUAAUAUCAUGCUUGUGAAAGUUGUGAUUGCCAUUUUUUGUGCAUUUUUUGUUACAUUUGAGACUCUAAUUUCUAUGUAUGAGAUAUAUAGAUCAAUGUAGAAUAAGGCUAAAGUCCUCUGUUGUUCCUUGUGUUAUAAUAUCUUUGCCUUGAAGGUUUGGUAUUGUAAGUUUUGUCAUCUCAUUUUGAACAAUUGCCAUAUUGCAUCAAGCAAGCAAAAUAUAUUUAUUUCAAUUGAUCCUUCA